AUGGCUUGUGUUGAGCUAUGCCAAUGUUGUCUUCGAGCAAAUGAAGAAGAGGUUGCAUAUCAGUGGUGUAAUGACUGCAAUGAAGCUGUUUGUAAAAAUUGCGGUAAAGCCCACAGACGAUUUUCCAGUGCUCAUGAUGUUAUAUCGAUAAAAGAUGCUCCUGUUGGUAGAAAAGCCGUACCAAAAUACUGUGUUUCACAUGAAAAUAAAAAACUUAUACUGUUUUGCGUAGAACAUGAUAAACUUAUUUGUCAUGCAUGUUUAUCAGAAAGCCAUAGGCAAUGCAAUUCAAUUGUGGAAAUAGAAAAGGCUGCAGUUGGCAUAAAAGACAGUGCUGCAAUAAAACAACUAAAAGAGAAAAUGACAACAUUGAAAAGUAUUCUCGAAAAGACACAAAUUGAGAAUGAACAACAACUGACUACAAUCAAUAUAGAUAAAGAGGCCGCAAUUGACCACAUUGAAGAAUUCCUGCAAAGUUUUAAAGAUCAUUUAAUACAAAUUGAUAUUAAUCUUCAUAUGAAAUACGAGAAAAUAGUAAUACAAAAUAAACAAAACAAAGAAAUUUUAACCGAUCUAACACAAAGCCUGCAAGAACAAGCGGAUUGGUUGUGUAUGUUAGAAAGUUGUUCCUCUGAAAGUAACAUAUUCCACGCAGUAAAACAUCUUGAUAGCAUACAAGAAUCAAAAGAGAAACAAGUCAAUAAGAUCAAAAACGAUUUGAUAACCAUUCCUUUGGACGUUUUACCUCCCGAGGCAACGAAAAGCAUCGAAAAUUUUUUCCAAGAUUUUAACCAGAAAACAGUAUCUCAAACUGUGCAUUCUAUUACCACUUCGACCAGUGAAUUGAAACUACCACAAAUCAAUACAGAUAGAGAAAUUCAGCCUUCACCGCCCCGGUAUCAAGAAUUUAUUCCAAGCAAUAACUGUGUGUUUGGUGCAUUCUGCUUCACCGAAGACGAUCGUAUGUUUGUUGAGGAAUUUGUUCUACCUGGAUACGAAAGUUCAUUAAAAUAUUGUCUACAAGUAUUUGAUUUGCAAACUAAUAAGUCUAAUACGAUUGUGAUUUCGGACAACUUCAAAUGGGACUAUUCGGGCUCAGUGUGCAUGUAUGACGAAAAGUUUGUUCUACUAGCAUCUAUGAAAGCGGUCAUGGUAAUUGAUACGAAACUUCUUAAAAUGUGCAGAACAAUUAAACUAGAGCAGUCCGUAGUUCGUGGUAAUCUUAAAGGAAUAAAAUGGAUCUCGUGUAAAGGAGGGAAUAUAUACGUAUUGGUUCAGUCCCAACACGGUUUAUGGUUAUGUUCCAUAGACUUUAACGGUUGUAUUUUACAUGAAGUUGAUCUUCCACAUUCUUUAGCUGAUAUUGAUUUUGACGGUUCGAAAAGGUUUUUUUAUACAGACAAUCGAGUAAAUGACAUUCAUUGCAUUUCAAUUAACAAAAGCUCGACUACUUCAAAGUGUUAUUCAAGUCUUGAUUUAAUAGCAGGUUGUUCAAUAUUGCAUAUUUCCGGUGAUGAGCUAUUAGUGCUAGAGAAAAACACAAAUACAAUUUAUAAACUAGAUAUAAAAAAUCAACGUCGGUCAAUUUUGAAGCAAACAGACGAUACAGAAAAUCUGACUCAUUUUAACUUAAACCUUAAGUUAAACAAAAUUGCCAUAAUGAUAGGUGGUGGAAAACGUAUUAGACUUCUUCCAUUUUAA